CCGGGUCCCCCUAGGUCCCCCCCCCCCAGCCCCCACCGGGGUCCAGCCCGGGAGGCGGGGGCCGGCGGCCGCCCUGUAGCCUCCGGCUGCCUGGCGGCGCUGGGGAGCUCUGGGAGGCGGACGGCUAGCGGAGCGGGAAUUGGCCCUCGGCGCUCGCCGUAGCACGGCUUGGAGGGCGGACGCUGGGUGCCCGGGGACGACGACAAAAGGAGGGAAGCGGAGAGCCGUUUGAGACCGGGAAGAGAGAGCGUGAGGUUGGGGCCCCGUUCCCCCGGGGGCGCCCCGGGCCAGCCUGGCACCUCCCGGCCUCCACGCAGGCCCCUGGCUCGUCCGGUCCGGCGCGGAGAGCGAAGGCUGGGUGAACUCAUGGACCUGAUACCUUUCUCUUGAGAAACAAACCAGCUGAAAAAAAAAAAAAAUGGCAUUUGUUGCAACACAAGGGGCCACGGUGGUUGACCAAACCACUCUGAUGAAAAAAUACCUUCAGUUCGUGGCAGCUCUCACGGAUGUAAAUACACCUGAUGAAACAAAGUUAAAAAUGAUGCAAGAAGUUAGUGAAAAUUUUGAGAAUGUCACAUCAUCUCCUCAAUAUUCCACAUUCCUCGAGCACAUCAUCCCCCGAUUUCUCACAUUUCUUCAAGAUGGGGAGGUCCAGUUUCUUCAGGAGAAACCAGCCCAGCAACUGCGGAAACUGGUCCUUGAAAUAAUUCACAGGAUACCAACCAACGAACAUCUUCGUCCUCAUACAAAAAACGUUCUAUCUGUGAUGUUUCGCUUUUUAGAGACGGAAAAUGAAGAGAAUGUUCUUAUUUGUCUAAGAAUCAUUAUCGAGCUACACAAACAGUUCAGGCCACCCAUCACACAAGAAAUUCAUCAUUUUUUGGAUUUUGUGAAACAGAUUUACAAGGAGCUUCCAAAAGUAGUGAACCGCUACUUUGAGAACCCUCAGGUGAUCCCCGAGAACACAGUCCCUCCCCCAGAAAUGGUUGGUAUGAUCACAACGAUUGCUGUGAAAGUCAAUCCAGAGCGCGAGGACAGUGAGACAAGAACACAUUCCAUCAUCCCAAGAGGGUCUCUUUCUCUGAAAGUGUUGGCAGAAUUGCCCAUUAUUGUUGUUUUAAUGUAUCAGCUCUACAAACUGAAUAUCCACAAUGUCGUUGCUGAAUUUGUGCCCUUGAUCAUGAAUACCAUUGCAAUUCAGGUAUCUGCACAAGCCAGGCAACAUAAGCUUUACAACAAGGAGUUGUAUGCUGAUUUUAUUGCUGCUCAGAUCAAAACAUUGUCAUUUUUAGCAUAUAUCAUCAGAAUUUAUCAGGAGUUGGUGACUAAGUACUCUCAGCAGAUGGUAAAAGGGAUGUUACAGUUACUUUCAAACUGCCCAGCAGAGACUGCACACCUCAGAAAGGAACUUCUCAUCGCUGCAAAGCAUAUCCUCACCACAGAGCUAAGAAACCAGUUCAUCCCUUGCAUGGACAAGCUCUUUGACGAAUCCAUACUGAUUGGAUCAGGAUAUACUGCUCGGGAGACUCUCAGGCCCCUCGCCUACAGCACGUUGGCCGACCUCGUGCACCACGUCCGUCAGCACCUGCCCCUCAGUGACCUCUCCCUCGCCGUCCAGCUCUUUGCCAAGAACAUCGAUGACGAGUCCCUGCCCAGCAGCAUCCAGACCAUGUCCUGCAAGCUGCUGCUGAACCUGGUGGACUGCAUCCGUUCCAAGAGCGAACAGGAGAGCGGCAACGGGAGGGACGUCCUGAUGCGGAUGCUGGAGGUCUUUGUCCUCAAAUUCCACACCAUCGCCCGGUACCAGCUCUCUGCCAUCUUUAAGAAGUGCAAGCCUCAGUCAGAACUCGGAGCGGUGGAGGCAGCCCUGCCCGGGGUGCCUGCUGCCCCUGCGGCCCCGGGCCCCGCCCCCUCCCCUGCGCCUGUCCCCACCCCCGCCCCGCCCCCACCCCCGACCCCAGCCACCCCCGUGACCCCGGCCCCUGUGCCUCCGUUUGAAAAGCAAGGAGAAAAGGAUAAAGAGGACAAGCAGACAUUCCAGGUCACAGAUUGCCGAAGUUUGGUCAAAACCUUGGUCUGUGGCGUCAAGACCAUCACGUGGGGCAUAACGUCAUGUAAAGCACCUGGUGAAGCUCAGUUCAUUCCCAACAAGCAGUUACAGCCCAAAGAGACUCAGAUUUAUAUAAAACUUGUGAAAUAUGCAAUGCAGGCUUUAGAUAUUUAUCAGGUCCAGAUAGCUGGAAAUGGACAGACCUACAUCCGAGUAGCAAACUGCCAGACCGUCAGAAUGAAGGAGGAGAAGGAGGUGUUGGAACACUUCGCCGGCGUGUUCACAAUGAUGAAUCCCUUAACGUUUAAAGAAAUCUUUCAGACGACAGUCCCUUACAUGGUGGAAAGAAUCUCAAAAAAUUAUGCUCUUCAGAUUGUUGCCAACUCCUUCUUGGCGAACCCUACUACCUCCGCUCUGUUCGCCACAAUCCUGGUGGAGUACCUCCUGGACCGCCUGCCGGAGAUGGGCUCCAGCGUGGAGGUCUCCAACCUGUACCUCAAGCUGUUCAAGCUGGUCUUUGGCUCAGUCUCCCUCUUUGCAGCUGAAAACGAACAAAUGCUGAAGCCCCACCUGCACAAGAUCGUGAACAGCUCAAUGGAACUUGCACAGACUGCCAAAGAGCCCUAUAACUACUUCCUGCUGCUCCGGGCCCUGUUCCGCUCCAUUGGGGGAGGUAGCCAUGACCUCCUGUAUCAGGAAUUUUUGCCUCUCCUACCAAACCUCCUGCAAGGCCUGAACAUGCUGCAGAGCGGCCUGCACAAGCAGCACAUGAAGGACCUGUUCGUGGAGCUGUGUCUCACGGUGCCUGUGCGGCUGAGCUCCCUCCUGCCCUACCUGCCCAUGUUAAUGGAUCCCCUGGUGUCUGCUCUCAACGGCUCACAGACGCUGGUCAGCCAAGGCCUGAGGACCCUGGAGCUGUGCGUGGACAACCUGCAGCCCGAUUUCCUCUACGACCACAUCCAGCCUGUCCGCGCGGAGCUCAUGCAGGCUUUAUGGCGCACUUUACGCAAUCCUGCUGAUAGCAUUUCUCACGUGGCCUAUCGUGUACUUGGUAAAUUUGGUGGCAGUAACAGGAAGAUGUUGAAGGAGUCCCAGAAGCUGCACUAUGUUGUGACUGAGGUUCAAGGCCCCAGUAUCACGGUGGAGUUUUCUGAUUGUAAAGCAUCUCUUCAGCUCCCGAUGGAGAAGGCCAUCGAAACCGCUCUAGACUGCCUGAAGAGUGCCAACACGGAGCCUUACUACCGAAGGCAGGCGUGGGAGGUGAUCAAGUGCUUCCUGGUGGCGAUGAUGAGUCUGGAGGACAAUAAACAUGCCCUCUACCAGCUUCUCGCACACCCUAACUUUACAGAAAAGACCAUCCCUAAUGUCAUCAUAUCACAUCGCUACAAAGCACAGGACACUCCAGCUCGGAAGACGUUUGAGCAGGCCCUGACUGGGGCGUUCAUGUCUGCCGUCAUUAAGGAUCUCCGGCCCAGCGCCCUGCCCUUUGUCGCCAGCUUGAUCCGCCACUACACGAUGGUGGCAGUUGCCCAGCAGUGCGGUCCUUUCCUGCUUCCUUGCUACCAGGUGGGCAGCCAGCCCAGCACAGCCAUGUUCCACAGUGAAGAAAAUGGGUCCAAAGGAAUGGAUCCCUUGGUCCUUAUUGAUGCAAUAGCCAUUUGCAUGGCAUACGAGGAAAAGGAGCUUUGCAAGAUUGGAGAGGUGGCACUAGCUGUGAUAUUUGAUGUUGCCAGUAUCAUCCUGGGCUCAAAGGAGAGGGCCUGCCAGCUGCCUCUGUUUUCUUACAUCGUAGAACGCUUGUGUGCGUGUUGCUAUGAGCAGGCCUGGUAUGCAAAGCUGGGGGGUGUGGUGUCCAUUAAAUUUCUCAUGGAGCGGCUGCCUCUCACUUGGGUUCUCCAGAACCAGCAGACGUUCCUCAAAGCGCUUCUCUUUGUCAUGAUGGACUUGACUGGAGAGGUUUCCAACGGGGCGGUUGCCAUGGCAAAGACCACCCUGGAGCAGCUUCUGAUGAGGUGUGCGACACCUUUAAAAGACGAAGAGAGAGCUGAAGAGAUCGUGGCAGCUCAGGAGAAGUCCUUUCACCACGUGACACAUGACUUGGUUCGAGAAGUCACCUCUCCAAAUUCCACUGUGAGAAAACAGGCCAUGCAUUCCCUGCAGGUCUUAGCCCAGGUCACUGGGAAAAGUGUGACAGUGAUCAUGGAGCCCCAUAAAGAGGUCCUCCAGGAUAUGGUCCCACCCAAGAAGCAUUUGCUCAGACACCAGCCUGCCAAUGCGCAGAUUGGCCUGAUGGAGGGGAACACGUUCUGUACCACGCUACAGCCCAGGCUCUUCACAAUGGAUCUUAACGUGGUGGAACAUAAGGUGUUCUACACAGAGCUGUUAAAUUUAUGUGAGGCUGAGGACUCCGCUUUAACAAAGCUGCCUUGUUACAAAAGCCUUCCGUCACUCGUACCUCUGCGAAUUGCAGCGUUAAAUGCGCUUGCUGCCUGCAACUACCUUCCUCAGUCCAGGGAGAAGAUCAUCGCUGCCCUCUUCAAGGCCCUGAAUUCCACGAAUAGUGAGCUGCAGGAGGCUGGAGAAGCCUGUAUGAGAAAGUUUUUAGAAGGUGCUACCAUAGAAGUGGAUCAAAUUCAUACACAUAUGCGGCCUUUGUUGAUGAUGCUGGGGGAUUAUCGAAGCCUGACACUGAAUGUCGUGAAUCGUCUCACUUCAGUUACCAGGCUCUUCCCAAACUCCUUCAAUGAUAAAUUUUGUGAUCAGAUGAUGCAACAUCUACGAAAGUGGAUGGAAGUGGUGGUCCUCACCCAUAAAGGGGGCCAGAGGAGCGACGGAAACGAAAUGAAAAUUUGUUCGGCAAUUAUAAACCUUUUUCAUCUGAUCCCAGCUGCACCUCAGACUCUCGUCAAGCCUUUGUUAGAGGUUGUGAUGAAAACAGAACGGGCUAUGUUGAUUGAGGCCGGCAGUCCGUUCAGAGAGCCUCUCAUCAAGUUCUUGACUCGGCACCCCUCACAGACGGUGGAGCUGUUCAUGAUGGAAGCCACACUGAACGAUCCCCAGUGGAGCAGAAUGUUUAUGAGUUUUUUAAAACACAAAGAUGCCAGACCUCUGCGAGAUGUGCUGGCCGCUAACCCCAACAGGUUCAUCACCCUGCUGCUGCCCGGUGGCCCCCAGACCGCCGUGCGCCCUGGCUCGCCCAGCACCAGCACCCUGCGCCUGGACCUCCAGUUUCAGGCCAUCAAGAUCAUAAGUAUUAUAGUUAAAAACGAUGACUCCUGGCUGGCCAAUCAGCAUUCUCUGGUGAGCCAGUUGAGGCGUGUGUGGGUUAGCGAGACCUUUCAAGAGAGACACCGGAAGGAGAAUAUGGCUGCCACCAACUGGAAGGAGCCCAAGCUGCUGGCCUACUGUCUGCUGAAUUACUGCAAAAGGAAUUAUGGAGACAUAGAAUUGCUCUUCCAGCUGCUCCGGGCCUUUACUGGUCGUUUUCUCUGCAACAUGACGUUCUUGAAAGAGUACAUGGAGGAAGAGAUUCCCAAAAACUACAGCAUCGCUCAAAAGCGUGCCCUGUUUUUCCGUUUUGUGGACUUCAGCGACCCCAACUUUGGAGAUGAACUGAAAGCCAAGGUUCUGCAGCAUAUCUUGAAUCCUGCUUUCUUAUACAGCUUUGAGAAGGGAGAUGGGGAGCAGCUCCUAGGACCUCCCAACCCAGAAGGCGAUAACCCGGAGAGCAUCACCAGUGUGUUUAUAACCAAGGUGCUGGACCCGGAGAAGCAGGCGGACAUGCUGGACUCGCUGAGGAUCUACCUCCUGCAGUACGCCACGCUGCUGGUGGAGCACGCCCCGCACCACAUCCACGACAACAACAAGAACCGCAACAGCAAGCUGCGCCGCCUCAUGACCUUCGCGUGGCCCUGCCUGCUGUCCAAGGCCUGCGUGGACCCGGCCUGCAAAUACAGCGGACACUUGCUUCUGGCGCACAUCAUUGCCAAGUUUGCCAUACACAAGAAGAUCGUCCUUCAGGUCUUUCACAGUCUCCUCAAGGCUCAUGCGAUGGAGGCUCGAGCCAUCGUGAGACAGGCGAUGGCCAUCUUGACUCCGGCGGUGCCGGCCAGGAUGGAGGACGGGCACCAGAUGCUGACGCACUGGACGAGGAAGAUCAUUGUGGAGGAGGGCCACACGGUCCCGCAGCUCGUUCACAUCCUGCAUUUGAUCGUGCAGCACUUUAAGGUCUACUACCCUGUGCGGCAUCACUUGGUGCAGCACAUGGUCAGCGCCAUGCAGAGGUUGGGCUUCACGCCCAGCGUCACCAUCGAGCAGAGGCGGCUGGCCGUGGACCUGUCUGAAGUCGUCAUCAAGUGGGAGUUGCAGAGGAUCAAGGACCAGCAGCCGGAUUCAGACAUGGACUCAAAUUCAAGUGGCGAAGGAGUCAACUCUGUUUCAUCUUCCAUUAAAAGAGGCCUGUCGGUGGAUUCCGCCCAGGAAGUGAAACGCUUUAGGACGGCCACUGGAGCCAUCAGCGCGGUGUUCGGAAGGAGCCAGUCGCUGCCUGGAGCCGACUCCCUUCUUGCCAAACCCAUUGAUAAACAGCACACGGACACAGUGGUGAACUUCCUCAUCCGCGUGGCUUGUCAGGUUAACGACAAUACCAACACUGCGGGGUCUCCUGGGGAGGUGCUGUCUCGCCGGUGUGUGACUCUCCUGAAGACUGCCUUGCGCCCAGACAUGUGGUCCAAGUCUGAGCUCAAACUGCAGUGGUUUGACAAGCUCCUGAUGAGUGUGGAGCAGCCUAAUCAAGUCAACUAUGGAAAUAUUUGCACGGGAUUGGAAGUUCUGGGUUUCUUGCUCACUGUCUUGCAGUCUCCAGCCAUCCUCAGCAGCUUCAAACCUCUGCAGCGUGGGAUCGCUGCGUGCAUGACAUGCGCGAACACCAAGGUUCUCCGAGCGGUCCAUAGCCUUCUCUCCCGCCUAAUGAGCAUUUUCCCAACAGAGCCAAGCACUUCCAGCGUGGCCUCCAAGUACGAAGAGCUGGAGUGCCUCUAUGCGGCCGUCGGAAAGGUAAUCUAUGAAGGACUCACCAACUAUGAGAAGGCCACCAAUGCGAAUCCCUCCCAGCUCUUCGGGACCCUUAUGAUCCUCAAGUCCGCCUGCAGCAACAACCCGAGCUACAUCGACCGGCUCAUCUCGGUCUUCAUGCGCUCCCUGCAGAAGAUGGUCCGAGAGCACCUGAACCCACAGGCAGCGUCGGGCAGCACAGAAGCUACCUCAGCAGGAACAGGCGAGCUGGUGAUGCUGAGUCUGGAGCUGGUGAAAACGCGCCUGGCCGUCAUGAGCAUGGAGAUGAGGAAGAACUUCAUUCAGGCCAUCCUGACCUCCCUCAUUGAAAAGUCACCGGAUGCCAAAAUCCUCCGGGCUGUAGUGAAAAUCGUGGAAGAGUGGGUGAAAAACAAUUCCCCGAUGGCAGCCAGUCAGACACCUACACUCCGGGAGAAGUCCAUUUUGCUUGUGAAAAUGAUGGCCUACAUAGAAAAGCGCUUUCCGGAAGACCUUGAAUUAAAUGCCCAGUUUUUAGACCUCGUUAACUAUGUCUACAGGGAUGAGACGCUGUCUGGCAGUGAGCUGACUGCGAAACUCGAGCCAGCCUUCCUCUCCGGGCUGCGUUGCGCCCAGCCUCUCAUCAGGGCAAAGUUUUUCGAGGUUUUUGACAACUCUAUGAAACGUCGGGUAUACGAGCGCCUGCUUUACGUUACCUGUUCCCAGAAUUGGGAAGCCAUGGGGAACCACUUCUGGAUUAAGCAGUGCAUUGAGCUGCUUCUGGCGGUGUGUGAGAAGAGCACUCCCAUUGGUACCAGCUGCCAAGGAGCCAUGCUCCCGUCCAUCACCAAUGUCAUCAACUUGGCUGACAGCCACGACCGAGCGGCCUUCGCCAUGGUCACACAUGUCAAGCAGGAGCCUCGGGAGCGAGAGAACAGCGAGUCCAAAGAGGAAGACGUGGAGAUUGACAUUGAGCUGGCCCCGGGAGACCAGACCAGCACGCCCAAAACCAAAGAGCUUUCUGAAAAGGACAUCGGAAACCAACUGCACAUGUUAACCAACAGACACGACAAAUUCCUUGACACUCUCCGGGAGGUGAAGACGGGAGCACUGCUCAGCGCUUUUGUCCAGCUCUGUCACAUUUCCACAACACUGGCAGAAAAGACGUGGGUCCAGCUUUUUCCCAGAUUGUGGAAAAUUCUGUCCGACAGACAGCAGCACGCUCUGGCUGGUGAGAUCAGCCCGUUCCUGUGCAGCGGCAGCCACCAGGUGCAGCGGGAUUGUCAGCCCAGCGCGCUGAACUGCUUCGUCGAGGCCAUGUCCCAGUGUGUCCCCCCAAUUCCCAUCAGGCCCUGCGUUCUGAAGUAUUUGGGGAAGACACACAACCUCUGGUUCCGGUCCACGUUAAUGCUGGAGCACCAGGCUUUUGAGAAAGGUCUGAGUCUGCAGAUUAAGCCGAAGCAAACCACGGAAUUUUAUGAGCAGGAGAGCAUAACUCCACCCCAGCAGGAGAUCCUGGACUCCCUGGCUGAACUGUACUCUCUGUUACAAGAGGAAGAUAUGUGGGCUGGUUUGUGGCAGAAGCGUUGCAAGUAUUCAGAGACAGCGACUGCCAUUGCUUACGAGCAGCACGGAUUCUUUGAGCAGGCACAAGAAUCUUACGAGAAGGCAAUGGACAAAGCCAAGAAGGAGCAUGAGAGGAGUAACGCGUCCCCUGCUAUCUUCCCAGAGUACCAGCUUUGGGAGGACCACUGGAUUCGGUGCUCGAAGGAGUUGAACCAAUGGGAAGCCUUGACGGAGUAUGGCCAGUCCAAAGGGCACAUAAACCCUUACCUCGUCCUCGAGUGUGCUUGGCGGGUGUCCAACUGGACCGCCAUGAAGGAGGCACUGGUGCAGGUGGAAGUAAGUUGCCCCAAAGAGAUGGCUUGGAAGGUCAACAUGUACCGCGGGUACCUGGCUAUCUGCCACCCCGAGGAGCAGCAGCUCAGCUUCAUCGAGCGCCUGGUGGAGAUGGCCAGCAGCUUGGCCAUCCGCGAGUGGCGGCGGCUGCCGCACGUGGUGUCGCACGUGCACACGCCUCUUCUCCAGGCAGCCCAGCAAAUCAUUGAGCUUCAGGAAGCUGCACAAAUAAACGCAGGCUUGCAGCCGACCAACCUGGGCCGGAACAAUAGCCUACAUGACAUGAAGACGGUGGUGAAGACUUGGAGGAACCGGCUGCCCAUCGUGUCUGAUGACUUGUCCCACUGGAGCAGCGUGUUCAUGUGGAGGCAGCAUCAUUACCAGGGUAAACCUACCUGGUCCGGCAUGCAUUCAUCAUCGAUUGUAACUGCAUAUGAAAACAGUUCUCAGCACGAUCCAAGUUCAAACAAUGCCAUGCUCGGGGUGCAUGCGUCUGCUUCUGCGAUCAUCCAGUAUGGGAAGAUUGCCCGAAAACAAGGACUGGUCAAUGUAGCUCUGGACAUACUAAGUCGUAUUCACACUAUUCCAACUGUGCCUAUUGUGGAUUGCUUCCAGAAGAUUCGACAGCAAGUCAAAUGCUACCUCCAGCUGGCAGGAGUCAUGGGGAAGAACGAGUGUAUGCAGGGCCUUGAAGUUAUUGAAUCUACAAACCUAAAAUACUUCACAAAAGAGAUGACUGCUGAGUUUUACGCCCUGAAGGGAAUGUUCUUGGCUCAGAUCAACAAAUCUGAGGAAGCAAACAAAGCCUUUUCUGCAGCCGUACAAAUGCACGACGUGCUGGUGAAAGCUUGGGCCAUGUGGGGCGACUACCUGGAGAACAUCUUCGUGAAGGAGCGGCAGCUGCACCUCGGGGUGUCCGCCAUCACCUGUUACCUGCACGCCUGCCGGCAUCAGAAUGAGAGCAAAUCGAGGAAAUACUUAGCCAAGGUGCUGUGGCUUCUGAGUUUUGAUGACGACAAAAAUACUUUGGCAGAUGCUGUCGACAAGUACUGCAUCGGCGUGCCGCCCAUCCAGUGGCUGGCCUGGAUCCCCCAGCUGCUCACCUGCCUGGUUGGCUCCGAGGGAAAGCUGCUUUUGAACCUUAUUAGCCAGGUUGGACGCGUGUAUCCCCAGGCGGUCUACUUUCCCAUCCGGACCCUGUACCUGACCCUGAAAAUAGAGCAGCGGGAACGCUACAAGAGCGAUUCUGGACAGCAGCAGCCAAGUUCAGUGGGUAACCAGUCCCAUUCUGCAUCAGAUCCAGGGCCCAUAAGAGCAACAGCACCAAUGUGGCGCUGCAGCCGAAUCAUGCACAUGCAGCGAGAACUGCACCCAACACUUCUGUCUUCCCUGGAAGGCAUCGUCGAUCAGAUGGUCUGGUUCAGAGAAAACUGGCACGAAGAGGUUCUCAGGCAGCUCCAGCAGGGCCUGGCGAAAUGUUACUCUGUUGCAUUUGAGAAAAGCGGAGCGGUGUCGGAUGCCAAAAUUACCCCCCACACUCUAAAUUUUGUCAAGAAGUUGGUGAGCACGUUCGGAGUGGGCCUAGAGAACGUGUCCAACGUCUCGACCAUGUUCUCCAGCGCGGCCUCUGAGUCCCUGGCCAGGCGGGCACAGGCCACCGCCCAGGACCCUGUCUUCCAGAAGCUAAAGGGCCAGUUCACAACCGAUUUUGACUUCAGCGUUCCAGGAUCCAUGAAGCUACAUAAUCUUAUCUCUAAGUUGAAAAAGUGGAUCAAAAUCCUGGAGGCUAAAACCAAGCAGCUUCCAAAGUUCUUCCUCAUAGAAGAAAAGUGCCGGUUUUUGAGCAAUUUCUCAGCACAGACCGCUGAAGUAGAAAUUCCAGGGGAAUUUCUGAUGCCAAAGCCGACACAUUAUUACAUCAAGAUUGCUAGGUUUAUGCCCAGGGUGGAAAUUGUGCAGAAGCACAACACGGCGGCCAGGAGACUGUACAUCCGCGGGCACAACGGCAAGAUCUACCCGUACCUCGUCAUGAACGACGCCUGCCUGACGGAGUCCCGGCGAGAGGAGCGCGUCCUGCAGCUGCUCCGGCUGCUGAACCCCUGUUUGGAGAAGAGAAAGGAAACCACAAAGAGGCACUUAUUUUUCACAGUUCCUCGAGUUGUGGCGGUGUCCCCUCAGAUGCGCCUCGUGGAGGACAACCCCUCUUCUCUUUCCCUCGUGGAGAUCUACAAGCAGCGCUGUGCGAAGAAGGGCAUCGAGCACGACAACCCCAUCUCCCGCUACUAUGACAGACUGGCCACGGUGCAGGCACGCGGGACCCAGGCCAGCCACCAGGUCCUCCGAGACAUCCUCAAGGAGGUUCAGAGUAACAUGGUACCACGCAGCAUGCUCAAGGAGUGGGCUCUGCACACGUUCCCCAACGCCACGGACUACUGGACGUUCCGGAAGAUGUUCACCAUCCAGCUCGCCCUGAUUGGCUUUGCAGAGUUCGUCUUGCAUUUAAAUAGACUCAACCCCGAGAUGUUACAGAUCGCUCAGGACACCGGCAAACUGAACGUGGCCUAUUUCCGAUUUGAUAUAAACGACGCGACCGGGGACUUAGAUGCCAACCGUCCCGUCCCUUUCCGCCUCACCCCCAACAUUUCCGAGUUUCUGACCACCAUCGGCGUCUCCGGCCCAUUGACAGCCUCCAUGAUCGCUGUCGCCCGGUGCUUCGCCCAGCCCAACUUCAAGGUGGAUGGCAUCCUGAAAACCGUGCUUAGGGACGAGAUCAUUGCUUGGCACAAAAAAACGCAGGAGGACACCUCUUCUCCUCUCUCGGCUGCCGGCCAGCCCGAGAACAUGGACAGCCAGCAGCUGGUCUCCCUGGUGCAGAAGGCCGUCACCGCCAUCAUGACCCGCCUGCACAACUUGGCCCAGUUCGAAGGCGGGGAGAGCAAAGUGAACACCCUGGUGGCCGCCGCAAACAGCCUGGACAACCUGUGCCGCAUGGACCCCGCCUGGCACCCGUGGCUGUGAGCGCGCCCGCCCUGCCGCCCAGAAUGGGAAGCACGCCCGCCGGCUGCUGGGCCUCCUCUCGGCUUCACCCGCCGUGUUCACGGAGGCCCCGACAGCGCGUGUGCAAACGCGGGUAAAUGGAGUUCUAGAGGAGCUGCCUGUUAACGGCGGCAGAGCGGAAACGUCUAGGCUUUUAAAAUUCCCUUGCAGGAACCAGGACUCUCCGGUCUGGAAUUUCUUUGUGAAACCUUUUUUAUCGUACUCCUUCCUGCGUGUGAACGUACAGAUGGAACUGUAGGAGACAAUUCUAUAUUGUCCGUUUUUAACUCAGAAAUGACACCUCACAGGAGCCUUGUGCUUUUGUACAGACCUUUGUAACAAGUGUACAGAAAACCCACUUUGUUAGAGAAACAGGAAAUUAUGAACAAGUCGAGCUGGUUUUUCUCUAAGCACAGACUUUUAUGCUGUACGUAACUGGCUCCGGGAUCUCCUUGCGCGUUGGAUGUGGGUCAGCACGGCCUCGUCACCCUGCGGGGACGCCGUUCCUCACGCGGUGGAUUCAGAUCCCGCCGGGAGAAAACUGAGCCCCGGGGGCGGCAGGUGAAUCUGAGGCUUUUCAUCGGCUGGCUCUUCGGACGCCUUCUUGACAUUUACUAUCAUUGUACCAGGAAAAAAACCUUUUCCUUCCUAAUUUAAAAAGAAACAGCAAGAAAAGUUUGUCCGUUCACUCCAGUCUGUCAUGUUCACAUUUUUAUAAAUAUGAGCAUUGAGAAUGUUCUAUCUAAAUUUGUACAGUGUGAUUUUUUUUUUUUUUUUUAGAAUAAAUAUUUUAUAAAAGGA